AUGGUUGAAACGGCCCUUACUCGGCAGAGGCUAAUACACCUGUUGUUAAAACUGCCGCGGGAAUGUAUUGGACUGAAUUUAGAUGGAGUUGCACGCUCAAGAAUUGCAAGAGUUAUUCUGGAACAUCUGUGGCAGCUCGUACGCAACCCAAAUGCGCCCACAAACCAUAGGAAACGAGCGCAGAUCAUCAUGAUAACACUCGUGUUCUCGGGCGCUACAGCAGUCUCCGGGGCUGGAUACUUGGUAUGCGGGCUGAUAGGCAGGCUUAGAGCCAGAGGGUUUAGUCAGAAACCUGUAAUUCGACGGACGAGAUCGCAGAUCAUGCUCCAUAACGGUGCGAGGGUGAUGUAUGUACCGUACGAGGAGAAUGCCGACAGCAAAAAGCGGAUUCUUAUUCGCCCUAAGAACGAUGACAUGUACGAGCACGACAAGUUUCUUUUCAAGUAUUUCGGCAAAAACAAGACAUCGCAGGUUUUCUACUCCAAGUUCAUCAGCCAGCUGAGCAUCAUCUAUCGUAUCCUGGUGCCGAAGAUUGCAGAUCGUAACUCGUUUCUGAUUGCCUUUCAGAUUUUUUUUCUGGUCAUGAGGACGUGGCUAUCGUUGUUCGUGGCCCGGCUGGAUGGUCAGAUAGUUAGAGACAUCAUUACCGGAAAGAGCCGGAAGUUCCUUGUCGACUUACUCUGUUGGUUUUUGAUUGCUUUCCCUGCCUCAUAUACCAACAGCGCGAUCAAGUUCUUGCAGCGCAAAUUAAGCUUGAAUUUUCGCAUCAACCUUACUCGUUAUAUCCAUGACAUGUAUCUGGAUAAACGAUUGGCGUUUUAUAAGUUGACUUUUGAUAGUCAAGCUUCCAGUUCGGUUAUUGCAAAUAUUGAUAACUCGAUAGCCAAUGAUGUGACCAAAUUUUGCGACGCCAUAUGCUCGGUUUUCGCAAAUAUUGCCAAACCCGUAAUAGAUCUCGUCUUCUUUUCGGUAUACUUGAGGGAUAACCUAGGGAGUAUUGGUAUUGUGGGAAUUUUUGUCAAUUAUUUCAUCACCGGUUAUUUGUUGAAACGCUGGACGCCUCCUUUGGGAAAACUUGUGAGCAAACGUUCUGCAGCCGAGGGAGAUUAUUACAACUAUCACUUGAAUUUGAUCAAUAAUACAGAAGAGAUUGCCUUCUAUCAUGGAACAAAAGUUGAACGUACAAAGGUUAAUGCUCUUUAUGACUAUCUGAUGGACCAGAUGCUUCUCGUGGAUCGCGUGAAAGUCAACUAUAACAUUUUGGAGGACUACGUCUUAAAAUACACCUGGUCUGCAUUAGGUUAUGUUUUUGCCUCAAUUCCAAUCGUGAUCACAACCUUUACCACAGGUGUGAACAACGAAGAAGUAAAUAUGCGGGAAUUCAUCGUGAACAAACGGCUUAUGCUAUCGCUUGCCGAUGCUGGUAGCAGGCUAAUGCACUCCAUAAAAGAUAUUGCGCAACUCACGGGCUAUACCAACAGAAUAUUCACACUUUUGGCGGUUCUUCACAGAGUCCAUGCAUCUGACUUUAACUAUGGAGCCAUCUUAGAAGACGAAAAAGAUUUAAAUGUCGUCGAUGAUCAAGCGCCUAGCACCGAGAUUGUACGAGGGACAGUCCAAAGAAGUUUCAACGGAAUAAGAUUGGAGAACAUUGAUGUGAUUAUUCCUUCGAAGUACGGUAAAGAGGGUACAAAACUCGUUAAGAAGCUGAGAUUUCAAAUCCCUCCCGUUAUUACGCUUGACAAUGCCAAUUCCGACUCGCAGGUUAACAUGAGCCAAAAGCUGACAUUUCAGGGUCCAGGUAGUAGUUUGUUGAUUCUAGGACCUAAUGGGUGUGGCAAGACAUCUAUUCAGCGAAUAAUCGCGGAGAUUUGGCCGAUCUACAAUAAAAACGGUCUGCUAUCGGUUCCGGCAAAUUCUGAAUUGUUUUGUGUCCCUCAAAAGCCGUAUUUCAUCCAAGGUGGUACGUUUCGAGAGCAAAUUAUUUAUCCAAUGUCAGCCGACGCAUUUUUUGAGGGAGGCCACAGAGACAAAGAGCUUGUCCAAAUCCUUGGUGAGGUGCACUUGGAUUACUUCCUAAGAAGAGGGAAAGGGUGGAAAUACCUGGACGCUAUAGCGGAGUGGAAGGAUGUUUUGAGCGGUGGUGAAAGGCAGCGCAUGAACUUCGCACGCAUCAUGUUUCAUAAGCCUCGAUUUGUUGUACUCGACGAGGCCACCAAUGCAAUUAGUGCCGAUAUGGAGGACUAUUUGUUCAACCUUUUGAGAAGAUAUCGCUAUAACUUCAUCACCAUUUCUCAAAGGCCAUCAUUAAUCAAGUAUCACGAUUUCGCACUAGAAAUUACAGGAGAUGAAACUUGGCGAUUGCAAGACCUUGGAACAGAUGAGGUCAUUACUUCCAUCGAAAAAGAGAUUGAGACUCUGCAAGAAAAACUUAAAAACGUAAGUGCUUGGGAUGAAGAACGAGCUGCCCUUGCCAGAAAAUUGGCUCAUAUCUGA